CCCGCCAUUUUAAUUUUACUGAAGUUAUACGAUACGCAUUGAUUUUGCGAGUUGUCGCAUUGCGUGUGGGUCUGCUCGGCAACAUUUUGUUUUGUUAACGUUCAUACGCGAAAGCCAUACCAACCGAGCGUACCAAGGCAUUUAUGUGUCUUCCGCGCCCGUUUAAAUUCGAUGGUGUAAUUUAUCUUUGGUCGUUGGGUGAGUGAAGGAAGGUGAAAAAUGACGCAGUUUUUGCCCCCGAACCUUCUGGCCCUCUUUGCCCCGCGGGACCCAAUCCCUUUUCUGCCUCAACUGGAGAAGUUGCCGCAUGAGAAACACCACAACCAACCUUACUGUGGCAUCGCCCCGUUCAUCAGGCACUUUGAGGUUGAAAGCUUAUCACGAUCCGAGAGAUGCCCCGCCACCAACAAGGGCUGAGACUCGCGACGAGAGGUUGGAGAGAAAGAGGCGAGAGAAAAUUGAAAGGAGACAAACAGUGGUGGAGACGGAGCUGAAACUUUGGGACCCCCAUAACGACCCAAAUGCACAAGGAGAUGCCUUUAAGACAUUGUUUGUUGCAAGAGUGAACUACGAUACCACAGAGUCCAAGCUUCGCCGUGAGUUUGAGGUCUACGGUCCCAUUAAGCGGAUUUACAUCGUGUACAACAAGAGGACGGGGAAGCCUCGCGGAUACGCCUUCAUCGAGUACGAGCAUGAGCGCGACAUGCACUCCGCCUACAAGCACGCGGAUGGCAAGAAGAUUGACGGCAGGAGAGUGCUGGUGGAUGUUGAACGAGGACGCACUGUCAAAGGAUGGCACCCUCGUAGGCUGGGUGGGGGGUUAGGAGGAACCAGAAGAGGUGGUGCAGAUGUCAACAUCAAGCACUCGGGAAGAGAUGAUGCAUCUCGCUAUGAUGAGCGCCCCCUGGGAGGUGACCGCGAUCGUGGAGAGCGUAGGGAGCGUAGUCGCGACAAGGAGAGAGAGCGUCGCAGGUCCCGGUCCCGCGAACGCCGCCGCCGCACCCGUUCCCGCGAGCGCGAUAGGGAGAGAGAGAGGCCGCCGGUACCGGGGGAGGACGUCCCCGGUGGCGGCCGGCGUCGAGACAGAGAGCGCGAUCGCGUCGUACCCGCCGGGGGAGACAGCAGGAGUAGAGAAAGGAGUCGGGAUCGUGACAGGAAGAGGAGGAGCAGAAGUCGGGAUCGCAAGCGUGAGCGCGAGAGAGCUAAGGGGCCCGAAGGGGAGGAGAUCAGCCAGGGGGACGGGGCCCCGGAGGGCGGCGAGCGUCCGGCGGAAGAAGCCGACGGGGAAGCGGGUGAGGGUACGGAGGAGCGGAGGGACCGCGACAGAGAAAAGGAUCGGGACCGCAGACGCAGCCACAGGGACAGAGACAGGCGUAGGAGCGACCGAGACCGGGACCGGGAUCACAAGAGGGAGCGGGGCGACCGAGAGAGGGCCGAGCGUAGGGAGGAGCGCCACGGCUCCUUACGGGAAGACGCCGGCCCGCAAGACGAAAUGCCCAAUGAGGAGGGCGAAGAAGCGCCCAACAUGGAGGAGUACAGUCAGGAUGGAAUGAUGGAGCGCCAGUCUGUGCCUGAUGAAUACGCUGCUGGUGAGAAUGGCUAUAAGAUGGAGGAAACAACCGGAGAUGAGUACUAACUUAGACCCGCUCGUUUAAAAAGUUUUUUUUUUCUCCGAUAUUCGACUGUACCGUGACACCCUAAAUUAAUUGUAUGGAAAGUUACCAUAUCUCGCCUUCCUCACAACCACAAAUGAGACCGUUUGUUCCACAUGGUGGAUUUUCCCAAUUGAUUUGUGCCGCUCAAUCCAUUAUUCAACAAUUCAAGGUUUGUUUUUUUUCACCUUUGAAGCGGUCACGUUUCAUUUCCUGCUUUACGAAGAAUUAGAUUCAAAGUCGGUCGGUAACGGAUAUUUUUAGUGUGAGAUUUGAAGGUAAUUGUCUGAUGCUUCACAAUUGUAUGGUUUAAAAUGCCAUUAAAAUUUUUUUAAUUAUA